AUGAAUACCAUCAACCGCAGAAGCGUCGAGCCCACAGACGCAGGAAUUUGCACUAGAGACAGUUCAAAGACCGAACCUCUUCGCGAUAAAAAUGCUGAAGCUAUCCUAGAGCAUACGGAACAGGCAUCUGACGAGGAGAAGACUGCACAGCACUUACCGAGAGUUACGGCGCCUAUUGAGGCGCUCGGGCUUGAGAACUGGCAAGACCUUGAGAAGAAACUCGUCAAGCGGCUUGACAUGACAUUGAUGCCCAUGCUAUGGGUUCUAUAUUUAUUCAACUACCUGGACAGAGCAUCCAUCUCUCAAGCACGCCUCAGCAGCUUUGAAGCUGACUUGGGGCUUACCGACACUCAAUUCGCCACGGCAGUUGCAGUUUUGGUUCCUGGUUACAUCGCUGCACAAAUCCCAUCCAACAUGAUAUUGCCUUACGUUCGGCCCAGUCUCUAUCUCCCAUGCUGUGCCAUAGUCUGGUCAGGCGUCUCUGCGUCAAUGGCUGGCGUAAGAAAUUACAACGGACUGGUGGCCUGCAGAGUUAUACUCGGACUGUGUGAAGCCCCUCUUCUUCCAGGUGCAAUUUACCUCAUGUCUUGCUGGUAUACGAGAAAGGAAAUUGCUCUGAGAACCGCUAUCCUUUACACGGGCCUAGUUCUCGCCAUGGCUAGCUCCGGCCUCAUUGCCACAGGCGUGUAUGAAGGUCUUGAAGGGUCCCAAGGCAUGGCCGGCUGGCAGUGGCUUUUCAUCGUCUUGGCCAUAGCAGGAUCUUGCUGCGCUCUAGUCGCCACGGUGCUACUUCCUGACUAUCCUCACUCCAAGACAGGUUCAGCGAGAUGGUCACUAACUGAGGAUAUGCGCCUUCUCGCCGUUGCACGUAUUCAAGCCGAUAGGGUCUCACUGCCCCAAGCCAAUAGCACUAGCAUCUGGUAUGGACUAAAGCUUACCUGCAUGGACUACAAAACUUGGAUUUUUGUCGCUAUCAAUAUCUCUAUCUCUGCCGCCUACGGAUUUCUCAACUUUUUCCCAUCGAUUGUCCGCGGAUUCGGCUUUGAGUCGAGGACCACGACACUCCUUCUGACGGCACCUCCUUAUGUCUUUGCCGCAGUCGCAUCGUUAUGCAACGCCCGCAGCUCGGAUCACUUCAAAGAGCGAGGCUAUCACAUGAUCGGACCUGUCAUCGCUGCCAUACUGGGGUACAUCGUCUGCACAGCGACAGGCAAUGUUCCAGCCCGUUACGCUGCGUCAUUCUUGUACAUCGGUGUUGGGACUUUGGGCCGUACCCCAGAGAAACGCGCGACGGCUAUACCUGUAAUCAACGUGCUGGGGCAGAUCGGCAAUGUCAUUGCCCCUUACUUUUUUCCCGACAGAGACGAGCCCAGGUAUCUAAUGGCAUUUUUGCUCAUGAUGGGUUUUGCAGCCAUAGGUGUUGCAUUCUGUCUACUUCUGAAAUUUUGUCUGAUCAGGUCGAACAAGAAGUUAUGGGCAAAAGCACAAGAGGAUGGCACUGCGUACAACCCUUACACUCUUUGA